CCAGUUGUUCUCGGUAUUCGCUGUCGGUUGGUACGCUCGAUAUACAUUUAAAAUUGCGCGGUGAAAGAAAAAAGAAAAUAAUCAGUGUUUUAGUUGUCUUCGUGAAAAUGACCCCGCAAGCGGAAAUAAACACUCACUACACAAAACCCCUUUUAAAACAGGCGAAUCAAAUACACGUGCGAAAAGCGAAACCACCUAAAGAAAAAAAUGAAAGGGUUAAAUGCGUUAUUCUUGGUGAUACGGCCGUAGGAAAGACUUCUCUCGUAGUUUCAUACAGUAACGAUACGUUUCCAACGAAAUAUGUUCCAACGGCUUAUGAUAAUUACAAAGUGGUGGUACAGGUGGACGGAGAACCAGUUAGAGUUGAACUAUGCGACACAGCUGGAGAGGAUGAAAAUCCUUUAAGGACUUUAUGUUAUCCUGGAGCAGACGUGAUAAUUUUAUGUUUUUCAAUCGUAAAUCCAACGUCGUUCCAUUCGAUCCACACUAGAUGGUUACAAGAAGUGCAAGCGCUGAAAGUGCCGGUAGUACUUGUUGGAACACAAUCGGAUCUCUUAUCAAAUCAGGAAGUGAUCAGAAGACUGCGACAGAACGGCGAAACCGCCGUGUCUCCAACCCACGCAAGAAGAUUGGCGGCAAAAUUAAACGCGCCGUACGUCGAAACGUCCGCGAGAACGUGUUCGCAUCUAAAAGAAGCCUUUGACGUUGCUAUCACAUUGGGUUUGAAAAGACAACUCAAAAUGAAAAGGCCAAAAUGGAAAAAAUAUGUUUGUUGCUUUUAAAAUAUUUUUCAAAAAAUAUUCGGCUGCACAUUCCGAGAGACUCGAGAUAAUAUUUUAAAUGAAAUUAUUUUCACUCCAACUGUACAUUUUUUGUGUUAUAUUUUUUUUAUUAGAGAUUUUUAUCCGGUCCUUGAAAUAGCGUAACCCUUAAAAGAUUGCUGUGAAUUUAUUAUUAUUAUUUACUAUUAAUAGUUUAGUAUAGUUUUUUUUCCUUCAUGACAACUUUUUACCGCUCGUAUAUUUUUUUGUAUAUUGUAAUUUGAGAAAUCCCUCUUCCAUAUUUGUGAUAAAAAUUACGUAUACACAUUGAUUAUUAUUAAUGUUAGUGAUCGGCCUAUUUAGCUGAAACAUACUCAGAAAGAAUUAAUCUAUGAGGAAGCCUUUUUUUAUAUCAUGUAAUACGAAUCGUUCUGAAAAAAAAAAUCACGUAAUGGAUGGACUUAAAAAUGAAAAACUUUGUAAAAACUGAUUGUUCCCAUUAUGUCACAUCCUUUUUUUUCUAAUUUAGUGUUUGUUAACUAUUUAAUUUAUUACCGCGAUAUAUUAUCGUGCGUUACGAGAGACACUUGUUGAUAAUCCAUAUCGUCGUCUGUCUUUUAGUUUAACGCUGUGUAUAUGUUUACUAUAUAUGUAUUAUUUUGCAAUAAAUAAUUUAUUUUAUCUGCUU